AUGAAGGUAGCGGUGCUCGGAGUGCUGUUGCUGGUGCAGGCCACGCGGGGCUUCCCGGACGGCGCCCCCGUCGGAGCCUGUGACUCCUUCAUGCCCAGGCACGGCACAACGGCCGCGCUGCCCAACCCGACGUCGCCUUACGCUGUCGUCCAGUCCAAAGCACACUACGCGCCGGGAGACAUCGUCACAGUGACAAUCACGACGAGCGGCCCGUCCUUCAAGGGCUUCCUGGUCCAGGGCUUCAACCCACAAACCCGGGAGGUGAUCGGGGAGUUUCUGGGCGGUCCCGGGGUGCAACUGGUGCCCCAGUGCUCGUCCAUCACGCACGAGAACAGCAGAAACAAGAAGGCGGCCACGCUCAACUGGAAGGCGCCGCACGGCACGUCCGGUCCGGUCAUGUUUAGAGCGACUGUCGUCAAGUCCUACAGUGAAUUUUACGCCAACCUCCUGAGCCAGAGUGCGGGCUAUUGAGGGACCGGAACGUCCAGCGCGCUCAUCAAUAUCGCCGAUAUUCCGCCUGAACGAACUGUCGUUCAAGUCUCUCUCGGCAACGAACAGCCCAAGAUUAACGUAUUCUUCCCAUGAUCCACUUUUCCACGUGUACAUAGUGCUUUCAUGCCUAAAUGCUACUUUAAAAAAAAAGUGUUUUAA